AAGUUCCGAAAUUCCGCGUUUCCGGAAUUAUGGACACGAAUACCGAGGGUUUUCUUUCGAAUCCGACCCAGUGGAAACGCCCGGAAGAUAUUCUGAAGUUGCAGCGUCUCCGGCGGAAAGAGAAAGCCCUACAAAACCGUAUCACCGCACCUGCGAGGGCCCCACCGGGUAGUAAAUCAGCGGACGAUCCGAUCGGUGCUAGUCGGUUCGAGGGCAGCACCAAGCGCAAAAACCCCUUCUCCAGGAACGUGGAAAAUUCGGCCAAACGGCUGAAGGAUGACGUCAACUCCGAGUUUGCGGCCGGUGGUGAGGAAACGAUUUUUGAGCUUCUCACAAAGGUGCAGCAACCGGAAGUGCCACAGAUUGAUGCACCGCUCCAGCCGAAACCACUGGAGCCACGCUUUAUGCAACAGCAACACCCGCCAUGUCCCGUUGAGCAGACGAUCCCCCAGUACAUGGAGGAGAUACCAAAAACUAGCAAACUUCCACCGAUUCACUGGAGUGUCAAGAGCAAGAUGCGCAUUAUCUGCCGUUCAGCAAUACCGGGUACAACGCUGAAAACGAAUCAAGAAGCCAGCGGGCUUACCUCAUUCGUGCGCUGUAUCGAUCCGAAGGAAUCCACGACCGGUUUGGACAUAUCACCUGGGGCUCGCUUCUAUCAGGCCACACUCUACUGGCAGCAUCCGUACCUGCCGUGGUUCACGCUGUUUCCUCGUAAUUCACGCAACAACCACAAACAGAGUCCACUAGACGAGUCGGUCAGAUCGGUACUAGCGAAGGAAUGGGUUACGAGCUUCCGGAAUCUCUUCCAACUAGUCCGUGCCCGGCAAUGUCCGUACUUUUACGUCUGUGCUAACACAUUUACGGUGCUGUUCCGGGCCGCUGGCAUCGGUGGUAGGGUGGAGACUCACGCGCUGCUCACACCGACCUCACGCGGUAUGCGUGCUGCUCUUAAACAGGAAGAGAUCGAGUUCAGUAUGCCGCUCAAGAAAACCAACGCCACCACCAGCACGGAAAAAUCGGAACAGAUGAAUCGAUCUGCAGAGUCCGGCCUCGGGAACAGUAGCUUCUCGAAUUCAUCCGAAGAACAGUCCCAGUCUGCCAUCGGUGGAAAUGAGGAAACUACAAAUCAGCUAUCGGACGAAGAUGAGGACGAUGACGACAUGGACAGUGAGCAGUGGCUGGAGAGCUUGGGAGUGGAUGCGGCCGAGAUCCGGAAGAUUAGUGACAAUCACAGCAAAAAGCAGCAGUUGCGGGAAUGUGGCGGUGAUUAUAGCGAUCAAUCGCUGGUGUUCAUCGAAGGUCCCGAGUGUCAGGCGUUCUUUAACUUUCUGCUCAACGCAAAAAGUACCAUUGCGAAGGUUGGCAGAUUAGCGGGCGUUCCACCGACACUACUGGCACCAGUAUCGUUCGUCGGAGCGACUCUUCGUACGUUGCAAACGCGCUCGACCAAAAUUCGGAUGGAUGGACAGGAUUACCAUAGCACGGAGCUGCAAGGGGUCGUUCUACCUCAUGUCCUACCCUAUUUGACCGAUCUUCUGUGCGAGGGCCGGGAUAACUAUAGCAUCACGCUUGCGACCGUCCCUAGCACGGCCGGACUGUGCGAGGCAUCGCGAAAGCUGAUCAACGAUCUCGACAAAGAGAACGACGAAUCCGCGCAGGCCGAUCCAGUCUUUGGUAAGGAAAAUCUUUCGGACUGCGGACUGAACAAGCGCAUCGUCGAGAACAUGUGUCGCGCCACGAAGGAUUCCGUGUUCGAUACCGAGCGUUUAUUGUUCAGUCUGGAUGCUGGCGGGUUUAGCUGGAGCUAG